UUUUAGAUGGCCCUAUGCAAAGAAAAAAUAUGAAAGUCUUAAGGAAACAACAGAUAGAAAAAACAUAAACUUUGUUACAGAAGGCAUAAUAUCUGUGAUUCAAUUGCGAAAUGAUUUGUCUCAAAUUCUUUUUUACGAUUAUUACAAUAAUAGAGCAAAUCAAAAUUACUUCGACUUAAGUGCUAAUGUAUUAACAUUCGAAAAUGUCAUGAAAUUCAGCGGAAUUGAUCGCAAAUCAAUCGAAGAAUAUUGCAAUAUAGAAAUGUCUCACUAUGAAAAGCUAUCUUGGAUACGAAAUGAGUUAGACAGAUAUAGUGUGAAACCUGAAGAAGAACAGCUUUUGGAAGAAAUUUGUACUUUCAUAGCACAACGUAUUCAACCUCGAAAAUAUGUAUGUUACACGAAUAUAAGUGCAUCAUUGGAUACAAUCGCACAAGAGAUACUGAAUUCUCUUAGAAAGAAGCAUCCGAACCAUUCGAUAUUCUUCACUUCUGAUGAAACUUUUUCUUAUUGGAAAACCAACAAUAUCGAAGAUAAUCAUUGGAAUGAAACAGAAAGCACGCAGAUUAUGGAUACACUCCAGGAAUAUAUAUUUGGCACUUUGAAUUUUCGACCAUGUAUCUCCUCACCCGAAAAUAUCAAAUAUUUGUGUAUAGAUUAUGUUUUACAAAGUAAAUUUGGUAAAGAUAUCAUUGUAUAUACAAUAUUUCAUAGCGUGGCUAGAAGACUUGGUCUACGUUGCGAUGUACGAGUACUACAUAUUAUCGAUAAUUUCGAUAUAUUUUGGAAACCAAAAUUCGUCACGGAUAAUUUAGAAAAUGCACGAAAAUUUUACAUAAAAUACAAGGAUUACCCGAAUUGUCAUACUGAUAAUCGAUCAUUAAUUUGGGGACGAGUCUUAACAACUAGAAAGAUGUUGGUGUAUACAACAAAUAUCGUUGCCGCAUUUAUAAAAGAACAUACAUAUAUAAUAAGAGCUUUGCUUUUAUCUGGAAAUAAUUAAAUAGAGCUUUAUAUAAGAACUUCUGAUAUGAUUAAAAUGUAUUUUAUCUUUUGUAAUCAUAUUAUGAUGAUAAGUAUUAUGAGUGCAAAUUAUAUACAUAUGAUGCAAAAUGUGAGUAAUUAUAUUAAUUUGAGCAUAUUUAUGUAUACUCAUAAUGACAUUUUUUACAAACAGUUUCAAGAUAUCAUAUGUCCGUGUUUUGAGUAGCAUAUAAGCCUGCAUCUGUAUCUAUUUUUGUCAUCAUGUUUUAAGAAAUAUGAGUACAAUAUGAGUAAAGUACAUCCGUGCACUAACAAUCGCAUAUUAGUAUAUAAUAUAUACAAUUGUAAAAAUAUUGAACAUUGUGAGAUUCUUUUAGAUAACAAUUCUUUUACAUAACAAUAUGU